UCUAUAUAAACCCAGUGGAAAGAGUCCUUGAACUCAACCACGAGUCCUCACUCGCUAGCAUUUUCGUCUCCUCUCUCGCCUCGUGUCUCCUCCAUCCCCCCCCCCCUCUCCCUUUGUUUCCCUCUGUCUGGGUUCGUCUACAGGGGACAGGUGGAAAGGCAAGGAAGAGGAGAAAAGGGCUGAUUUGUUUGUGCUUUUUGCCUUCUGUUUUUGGAAAUUUGCAGGCUAUAUAGAGUGUGAAGAGGAAAGGGGAAGAAAAUGAGUCGGAAGUUGGAGAAAAUGGCAUCAAUUGAUGCGCAGUUGAGGUUGUUAGCUCCCGGGAAGGUUUCCGAGGACGAUAAGCUUGUUGAGUAUGAUGCCCUGCUUCUGGAUCGCUUCCUCGAUAUUCUCCAGGAUUUGCAUGGCGAAGAAAUCAGAGAAACGGUUCAAGACUGUUAUGAGAUCUGUGCAGAAUACGAAAGGAAGCGCGACCCUCAGAAACUGGAAGAGCUUGGGAAAGUUCUCACUAGUCUAGAUGCUGGUGACUCUAUUGUGGUUGCGAAAUCAUUCUCCAACAUGCUUAACUUAGCCAACCUUGCUGAGGAAGUUCAGAUUGCAUACAGACGCAGGAUUAAGUUAAAAAAGCGCGACUUUUCAGAUGAGGCUUCAGCAACAACUGAAUCGGACAUUGAGGAGACCCUGAAGAGGCUGGUUGGACAACUGAAAAAGUCCCCAGAAGAAGUUUUUGAUGCUCUGAAGAAUCAGACUGUGGACUUAGUACUGACAGCUCAUCCUACCCAAUCUGUCCGUAGAUCUUUGCUUCAGAAACAUGCAAGAAUCCGAGACUGUCUGACUCAACUAAAUGCCAAGGACAUUACUCCUGAUGACAAGCAGGAACUGGAUGAGGCAUUACAAAGAGAGAUCCAAGCUGCAUUCCGCACGGAUGAAAUUAGGAGAAAUCCUCCAACACCUCAAGAUGAGAUGAGAGCUGGCAUGAGUUAUUUCCAUGAGACUAUAUGGAAAGGGGUGCCAAAGUUCUUACGUCGUGUUGACACUGCUUUGAAAAACAUUGGGAUAAAUGAGCGGGUUCCUUACAAUGCCCCUCUUAUACAGUUCUCUUCUUGGAUGGGUGGAGACCGUGAUGGCAAUCCUAGGGUAACUCCUGAAGUCACCAGAGAUGUUUGCCUGCUUGCUAGGAUGAUGGCUGCUAAUUUGUAUUUCUCCCAGAUAGAGGAUCUCAUGUUUGAGCUAUCGAUGUGGCGCUGCAGUGAUGAACUUCGUGGACGGGCUGAUCAGCUGCACAUGUCCUCAAAAAGAGAUGCUAAACAUUACAUUGAAUUUUGGAAGCAAGUACCUCCAAAUGAGCCUUACCGUGUCAUUCUUGGAGAUGUAAGGGACAAGCUCUAUAAUACACGCGAACGUGCCCGCCAGUUGCUAGCAAAUGGCAUAUCUGAUAUACCUGAGGAGUCAACUUUCACCAAUGUUGACGAGUUUCUUGAGCCACUUGAGCUGUGCUAUAGAUCACUUUGUGCGUGCGGUGACCGCCCAAUUGCUGAUGGGAGCCUUCUAGACUUCCUACGACAAGUAUCCACAUUUGGACUUUCACUUGUGAGACUUGAUAUCCGGCAAGAGUCUGACCGACACACUGAUGUUCUAGAUGCUAUCACUAAGCACUUGGAUAUUGGAUCCUACAAAGAAUGGUCUGAGGAGCAGCGACAAGAGUGGCUUUUAUCUGAACUUAGAGGCAAGCGUCCCCUGUUUGGGCCCGAUCUUCCUAAAACUGAGGAAAUUGCUGAUGUUUUAGACACAUUUCAUGUCAUUGCGGAACUCCCGGCUGAUAAUUUUGGUGCCUAUAUAAUAUCAAUGGCAACUGCCACAUCUGAUGUGCUUGCUGUUGAGCUUCUGCAACGGGAAUGCGGGGUCAAAACACCUUUGAGAGUCGUUCCACUGUUUGAAAAGCUUGCUGAUCUGGAGGCUGCUCCAGCCGCUGUUGCUAGACUCUUCUCUAUUGAUUGGUACCGUAACCGGAUUAAUGGAAAACAAGAAGUCAUGAUUGGUUAUUCAGAUUCAGGAAAAGACGCUGGUCGUCUAUCUGCAGCUUGGCAGCUAUACAAGGCUCAAGAGGAACUCGUGAAGGUGGCAAAGGAGUAUGGUGUGAAGCUGACAAUGUUUCACGGCCGAGGUGGGACAGUUGGCCGAGGAGGUGGCCCAACCCAUCUUGCUAUUCUGUCUCAACCACCAGACACCAUACAUGGUUCACUUCGCGUCACUGUUCAGGGGGAGGUUAUAGAACAGUCAUUCGGAGAGGAACACUUGUGCUUCAGAACCCUCCAGCGUUUUUCUGCUGCUACACUCGAGCAUGGCAUGAACCCUCCAGGGGCACCAAAACCGGAGUGGCGUGCGCUCAUGGAUGAGAUGGCAGUUUUUGCCACAAAAGAAUAUCGCUCUAUAGUGUUCCAAGAACCUCGAUUUGUUGAAUACUUCCGCCUUGCCACACCGGAGUUGGAGUAUGGUCGGAUGAACAUUGGUAGUCGACCAUCUAAGAGAAAACCUAGUGGUGGAAUAGAAUCACUUCGGGCAAUCCCAUGGAUAUUUGCAUGGACGCAAACGAGGUUUCAUCUUCCAGUCUGGCUUGGAUUUGGGGCUGCAAUGAAUCAUGUGAUUGAGAAGGAUAUAAGAAAUUUUCAAAUGCUGAGGGAUAUGUACAACGAAUGGCCUUUCUUUAGAGUCACAAUCGACUUGAUUGAAAUGGUGUUGGCUAAAGGGGAUCCGGAUAUUGCUGCUUUAUACGACAAGCUUCUUGUCUCAGAAGAUCUGUGGUCGUUCGGAGAGCAGCUGCGCACUAAAUACGAGGCAACUCAGAACAUCAUCCUUCAGGUUGCCGGGCACAAAGAACUCCUUGAAGGCGACCCCUACUUGCGGCAAAGGCUGAGACUGAGAGAUCCAUACAUAACAGUGCUGAAUGUGUGCCAAAUUUAUACGUUGAAGCGCAUUCGCGACCCGGGCUACAAUGUGACAGUGGGACCGCAUCUUUCAAAAGAGAUAAUGGAGAUCAAUGCGAGCAAACCGGCAGAUGAACUUGUGAAGCUCAAUCCUAAGAGUGAGUAUGCUCCAGGGCUGGAAGACACACUUAUCUUGACAAUGAAGGGCAUUGCAGCUGGACUGCAGAACACCGGUUGAGUGAGGGAGGUAGAGACAUGUUUGUUUGCUUGUUUAUGGUUUAUAUAUGUAUUAGUAUGAGUAUGAGCAUGAGUGUUUAUGUUGGUGGCUGGCUGGCUGGCUGAGCAACUUUAACUUAUGAGGGCAGAACAGAUCAGGUUUACAAAGUGCUCUACUACUGCUGCCUGCAAACUACGAGGUAAUAUAUAUUGUAAUACUUCUUAAUAAUAAUAAUAGAGACUUGAUCAGAGCUGGCUUUGGAAUAAAGUUGUAAUGGUGGAUUUUGGUAUUUUGUUUAAUAUGAAAAAGUUCUAUAUUAGAACACCUAA